AUGAGAUGUCAACGUACUGCUAUGCCCCACCAAUUAUUUAGUAGGAUAUUGACCGAUAUGAAGCCUGUUGUCAAACCAUCGUCUUAUGCUGUUUCUUUAGUGAAGAGGUUAGCGCUGAGUGAUUAUUAUGAUAUCAAGUUAAUAACGGACUGUAUAAGAAAUGUGUUGAGUAUACCUUGUGCAGUCCUUAUGUCUGCUAAUUUGGCAACUGAAGCUUCCCAAGAAAACUACUAUGAAGCAACUAUUUGUAUUGAUGAUUCAAAAAUGGGGUCUGAAUUAAAAAAACUUUCCAGACGGAUUACUUCAGAAUUGUGGUUAUGA